CCAUUUCAUGGCAGUGGCACGCAUUUGGGACUUGGACUUUUCGUGACAGCAUGUCAUUUUCGACAUUUGAUUGAUAAUUUUCCAAAGAUCCAUCAAAUUAGUUUGUUUGAAAGUUAGUUUAGGCGCUAAAUGUGUAUAUUUUUAAUUUUUCACGUUAAAAUAAGGAUGUGAGUGAUCGGGGUCCAUGUUUGGUUAGCGCGGCUAGGGUUCCCAACAUGAGUGCUCAAAAAUGCGUUGUAGAGGGCUGCAAUUUGGAAUAUGAUGUGGUCUGCAGCUUUUCCUUCUACAAUGUCAAUACCACAUCGGACACAGAUGACAAACGACAGGACUGGAUCGAGGGUGCUAUGCAGGAGGAGAGCGAGUGCCUCUGGAGGCAUGUUAACUUGCAGCUGUGCGGGUACCAUUUCGAGUUAGACGCCCAAGGGCUAUGGAUCGACUCGCCGAUGCUGCCCGAGCUGCUCACGCCGCAGGAACAAGCGGCGCCGGCGCAGCAAACGCCGGAGCAGAAGAAAGCGGCCGACAUAAUACGCAUAGAACACAACUACAGUAUGGAGUCGUGUAAAAAAGAGCCCGAGGCGAUAUCUCGCCUUAACGUGAGGCAACUCGUCGAUACUUUGGGUUAUCUAUCACUAAAGAACCUACAGAAGAAACAGCUGUGGGUUGUUAAAGUUGAGAGUGACAAAGCGGAGGCCUCCAUCACACAGUCGGAGCAGGUGAUCACUAAGAUGCCCGAUCCCAAGCAGAUUAUUGAGAUCAUACCGCAAACAUCGACAAGCCACGAGCAAACAGAAGGCGAAAUUGACCCGAAUCUACAGAACCAAACCGAAGUCCUGCAAAUAAUGGACGACGGGAACAUCUCCGAUAAUUUCAUAUACGAAAUAGCUGAAGAACAAGAGAUAACUAUGGAGGAAGUAAAGGAAAUUCCUGCGUCCGAACAUCAAGAAUGGACGGUCAAUAUCAUACCAGACGACACUAAACCCAAAUAUGCAUACAUAAAACAUUGUAACAGCGGCAAGAAAAAACGACAUUUCACAACAGAAAUGAACGAGAUAACACUACACGGUGAUUUUGAGAAUUACUACAUAUUGCCGGACGUUGAUCCCUCUGUAGGAGUAGAAAUAACAACCAGCUACGAGCCAGAGAGUUUCAUUGUGGAGGAAUAUCCACAUUUGGUCCUCGAAGAGAGGCCAAGGAAGUCUAGAGAGGAGAGAAAGAGAAAGAAAAAGUCCCCGUCAGUCCGGGAACAAGUGAAGCAAAUUAAAACUGAGAUUGGCGAGGACUGGGUGGUGGAAAAUAACAUAUAUGAUCAAGAUACGUCAGAGGAUUAUGAUGAUAAAAAGGCUGCUCGCGUGAGAAGGAAAAAUAAGAAAUACCUGGGUAUCAAUGGGCUUAAAUGAGGUAUUGGAUUAGUUUUGGGUGAUUCGACGUUAUCGCAUCGACACACAACUCCCAGAUUAAUAUAUAUAAUAAUAAUAAUGUAUUUUCUUUUGCUUCCUCCAUAAUCAUUAGUUAAAUUUAGUAAAAAAUGCGUCUACCCGCGUUUUCUUAUAUAAAAAUGAAGUUUUAUCGAGUA